GCGGGUGGAACCGUGGAAGUUGCAAGGCGGACCCAGAUGUUUGGCGUGAAUGAGUCGAGUAGAGAUUCCUACGUGGAGUAGGAUGACCAAGAAAAGCAAGGCAUAUAUCUUCAAAACAACAACCAACGCAUCCCAUCUCUCUCUAUCUCUUUCAAACAAUCUCACAAACACUUGGUGUGGUCUGGUGUGCUCAGCAGAAUCACAUGGAUUUGGAUUUGUGUUGAUGGGUUAGUCUAGUGAUGGGAUUAUGGGAGCUCGGAAGAGCAUUCAUGCUGGCAAAGCCACAAUUGACGUUAAUGUUGAUUUCACUCACAAGUUAUGUACUGCUUUGAUGCUUCAGCCUUUCAGGGACUCUGGCGGUCCUCUGUCUCAGGUUAUUGGAAGUCUUUGCAUCAAACAUCCAAAUUUAUUUGGCAGAAGUGAGAAGCUCGAUGUUUCAUGGGAUAAGGGACUUUUUGAUUCCAAUAUCUUGAUAGCUUAUAGAAGGCCUCGGCCUGAAUGGCUUGCUCAACAGUCUUUUAUCAUUCAGCACUCACUUUCGCCUGAGAUUGGGGUACAUGGAUUUACUACUGACAACUUCUCCCGUUCGGUGAGUGGUGGUGUGAAUCUGUCUCGAUUUUCAGUGGGUAUGGAUCUGAAUGAUCCUGCAAGUUCCAACUGGAGCAACACAACCAGUAUUAGGUUUGAGCAUGUUCGUCCAAUUAGUGAUGAUGGCCGCUCCGUUAGCAGAGAUCGUGAUGGGUUUCCAGUGACUUGCAGUGGAACUUUUCAUGACAGUAUGGUAGUUUUGAAGCAAGAAUCUCAAUUUGCAAAGGCAAAUGACCACAGUUUUACUCAGCUUAAUAUGCAAAUAGAACAAGGGAUUCCUGUUCUUUCUAAAUGGCUAAUCUUCAACCGUUUCAAGUUUGUUGCAUCUAAGGGAGUUAGACUUGGGCCAGCAUUUCUCUUAUCAAGUCUGACAGGUGGUUCCAUAGUAGGGGACAUGGCUCCAUAUCAAGCAUUUGCAAUUGGGGGUCUUGGUAGUGUGCGAGGGUAUGGUGAGGGUGCAGUUGGAUCUGGGACAUCAUGUCUAGUUGCUAACAGUGAAUUGACAUUCCCUUUGAACAAGAUAUUGGAAGGUGCUAUUUUCUUGGACUUCGGAACUGACUUGGGCUCUGGUCGUCAUGUUCCUGGAAAUCCAGCACUGAGGCAGGGCAAGCCUGGUUCAGGUGUUGGGCUUGGUUACAGCCUUAGGAUGAAAUCUCGGUUAGGCCACUUUCAGGUUGAUUAUGCUAUCAAUGCAUUUCAAGAAAGAACUGUCUACUUUGGUAUCAGCAACCUUGCAUCAUGAAAGUCCCAAAACCCAAAAGUUUCAGAUUCCAUGCUUCUGAAAGUUAUGGUGCUAAAAUUCAUUAAACAGUGGGGUGUGAUGGGUUUGCUUGGACUCUGGGGUUCAAAAGAACAUCCCCUUUUCUCAUGGGAAUGGUGGUGUUCCAUCUUUGCUCAACACAUUAAAAGAGAAGUUGCAGAUCACUUGGAAGAUUAUGUUUGAGUUGCAGAUACUCAACACACCCCCUCAUUUCUGGGACUCUAGAGAAAAUGAAACCUUUUCCCAUUGGACUGAAAUAUUUUUGGUUUUUCCUUACUGAAUUCACAAUGUGAGAUUGAGGAUCUCACUAUUUUUUUUUUUUUCUGAGGGCUGUUGUCACUACAAAGUAUAUUCUUUAUGCCGUGGGUAAAUAAUUGUUAUGAAUAAUUCCUUCUAUAAUUAAUACAAGGUUCUGGCUGAUGGAUUUGAGCCACUUAAUGCA